AUGCCCUCCGCUGCCCCCACGGGGCCCUGGCCUGCAGCAGCCCCCAAUGCCACGGCAGGAGCCUGGACCAAUGGCAGCACAGCGGAGAUGCCGCUGUUCCAGCUGUUCGCGGCGUUGGACGAGGAGCUGCAUGCCGCCUUCCCGCGCCUGUGGCUGGCGCUGAUGGUGGCGCACGGGGUCAUCUUCCUGGCGGGGCUGGUGCUCAACGGGCUGGCGCUGUACGUCUUCUGCUGCCGCACGCGGGCCUCGACGCCCUCGGUGACCUACACCAUCAACCUGGCGGUGACGGACCUGCUGGUGGGCCUGUCCCUGCCCACGCGCUUCGCCGUGUUCUACGGCGCGCAGGGCUGCGUGCGCUGCGCCUUCCCGCACGUCUUCGGCUACUUCCUCAACAUGCACUGCUCCAUCCUCUUCCUCACCUGCAUCUGCGUGGACCGCUACCUGGCCAUCGUGCAGCCCGAUGGCGCCCGCCGCUGGCGCCAGCCCGCCUGCGCCCGGGCCGCGUGCGCCGCAGUGUGGCUGGCCGUGGGCGCGGUGACACUGGCGGUGCUGGGCACGGCCGCGGGCCCGCGCCCCUGCUGCCGCAUGCUGGCGCUCACCGUGCUGGCCUUCCUGCUGCCGCUGCUCGUCCUGGGCGCCUUCACCGGCCGCAUGGUGUGCGCGCUCUCCAGGCCCGGCCUGCUGAGCCAGGGCCGCCGGCGCCGCGUGCGCGCCGUGCAGCUCCUGCUCACCGUGCUCAUCAUCUUCCUCGUCUGCUUCACGCCCUUCCACGCGCACCAGGUGGCCGUGGCUCUGUGGCCCGGCGUGCCGCACCCAACGAGCCUCGUGGUCUACCACGUGGCCGUGACCCUCAGCAGCCUCAACAGCUGCAUGGACCCCAUCGUCUACUGCUUCGUGACCAGCGGCUUCCAGGCCACGGUCCGUGGUCUCUUCCACCAGCGGCAGGCAGCCCAGCUGGAGCCCUGCAGUGUGGACGUGGUCAGCAUGCGCAAGGGCUCCGGCUCCCGUCACGUGCCCGGCGCCGGCCCUCCAGCCCUCACCCACCCCGUGACCAACGGGCCUGAGCCAUAG